CACCUUUCACCCCCCUGUCUCAAGUCCAACCAGACAACUACCGGAUAAGUGGGUUAUGGUCUGAAAAAACAACUUUUAAAACCGCGAGGCCACCGCCUUGUUCCUUCAGGAAACGACGAAGACUAUGAUGGAGCUGUGAGGAGGAGGAUGGAGCGGAGGGAGAACCUUCAUCCCCUGAUGGUCCUGUCUGCAGAGCAAACAUCUAGAACCCUCAGAGGGAGGAAAGGCUGCAGGCCGGAGGGCAGGAGAGAUGUAAUGUCAGCAGACGUCCACAAGAUGGCAGAAGACUAAAACCAGCAGUGCGGGUUGUUCGUCACGCCUCGGCGCUCCGAGAGACGGCGGCAUGGAUUCUCUGAGGAGAGGCUUCGCCAACCUGCGGACGCUCAUGGAAAGCCACGGUCAGCUGGCGCACGGCGCUGCAGAGCGUGGCGAGUGGAACAACAAUCUGGAAGCUGCGUGUGGAGCCCUAACUGCGCCUCAGCUGCUCCUCGCUCUCGAGUGCCGAGUUGUGGUUGCCACCGCAGCCAAAGUCAAAAUUCACGUUUCCACAGUCGACGCCUAUGACGUCAGGAAGCACUGCUGCACCCAGACAGUGAAGAGGUCAGAGGACGGCGCGUUUCGAGCCUCGGUGCGUUGCAGCGUCGACGCCGAGCUGCAGCAGCACAGCAGGAUGGAAGUGAGGCUUUACAGGGAGGAAGAUUUAAGGCCGCGCUGCACAAGAAGCUGCCUGGGCUUCACGUCCUUCUCCAUCGCAGAUCUCCUCAGGUCCAAGGAGCCCAGCAGCUCCCAGAAGCUCAGGACGAUGGACGGCGGCGCCGGCGAGGUGGGCGAGGUGACGGUGUCCCGCCUGCAGGUGGAGGAGGACGAGGAGGAGGAGGAGGACGAGCGUCCCGCAGACAAGCGCUCCGUGCUGUGCGACACGCUGCACGGCUCCGUCCAGGACAGAGACAACAGUCCGCUGAUGAGAGCAGCGCUGUGCUCCCAGGUGUGUAAGGUGUACCGCUUCCAGACGGAGGACCGCAGGUGGCUGCUGGUCAGGGAGCAGAUGUCGGAGACGCCGCUGUCCUUCUCGCUGCCCAGGCAGCUGCUGAGCGCGCUGGUCCAGGAGCACGAAGACAGAGUCCUGGAGGUGAAGGAGCUCAGCGACCUUUCGCCGCACUGGGACGGCCUGCGCCACGACGUCAUCGCCCACUGUGACCAGCUGACCAGCGCCUAUCGGCACACGCAGGCCGAGCUCGACAAGCUCUCCACGGCUUCGUCCUGCUUCAAGGCAAGCAGCAGCAAGUCUGACAGACACCUCCAGUUCGUCCCCACCAACCUGCACUCCCAGAGGAUGGAGGUGACCGGCCCCGACAGCGCAGGUGUUUGGUACGAGGUCGUCACGUUCGGCGCCCCGGCCGACCACCACCAGGCGUUCAGACACGGCGGACUCAAGAAGCUGAUCAGUAAACACGCUGACCACAGAAAGAGCUCCGUGUCGUAUUCCCGAGACGAGAUCUGCAGAGCCAGGGAGCUGCUGGCCAGCGUCGCCCGGCUGCAGCCUCUCAUCUUCGGGCUCGCCGAGGAGCUGCUGUCCGUCUGCGCGGAGGUAAACUUCGGCCGCCUGCGGGAGGCGCUGGACAGCCUCAAGGAGCAGACCUCGCUGUUCAUUCACGCCCUAAAAGACGAGCUGGUUAAACGCGCCCUGCUGGACAUCCACGACCAGUCCGCCUCCAACAACCACAGCGACCACGUGCACAGCAACGGCUUGCACUGCGAGGUCGCCCCAGCCGACCAGGAGGGGGCGCCAUCGCUUCGGCUGCAGGACGCCGGCGAGUACGGCGACGAGGAGUGGGACCGGACGUGGGAGAACGUGGGCAAGUGUCUGGACUGCAUCCUCGCCAUGGUGGAGCGUCUGCAGGGCCGAGAGCGCCUCCUGCAGGAGCAGUCGUCACCGGGGGACGCCAGGUCCCAGAACGCAGCCUCUCCUUCGUCCUGCUCCUCCUCCUCUGUGUCCUCCUGGCAGGAGCAGCUGCUCCCCCUGGUGGUCACUCUGAGAGACUGCGUGCGGGAGGCGGUGACGAAGGCUCGCGCUGCCAUGACCUUCGUCGUCCUGCAGGGGGCAGUGGCUGCGACUGUUGCUCAGGGUCCCGCACAGAUAGUCCAGCGGCGCCACGCUGUCUUCAGCCAGGGGCUGUCAGCCGUGGUUUGUGGCUUCAUGCUGAAGCUUUUCGGGGGUCUGGAGGAUCCAGAGUUCCUGCAGCAGCUUCUCUCUGUAGGAAUCCUGGCUCAGUUUGAAAGCCUGCUCAGCACCUACGGUGAGGAGGUGGGGAUGCUGGAGGACAUGGAGGUGGGCGUGGCCGACCUGAGCAGCGUGGCGUUCGCCAUCACCGAGGCCAAGUCAGAGCAACCAGACGACCUGCUGCCCACGCUCAGGGGAACAUGGGGCGGGUUUGUCGUCCAGGUGCCGCUGCCCUCUGAAAACUUCAGGUCGCUGCCUCAGGAGCUCCAGGCGGGUCGUUUGAUCCGAGUCGAGCCUGUUCUCUUCAACGUCGGGAUCAACCAGCAUCAGAGUCUGGCCGACAGGUUUGGAGACAGUUCGCUGCAGGAAAGAAUAAAUCAGCAGAGCUGUGAACGUCUCAGAGCUUAUUGUAACAAGCUGAGGGACAAACUUCCUAACACGGCUGGUAUCCAGUCACUAUUAGACCUGCUGUCGUCUCUUGAUCGCAGUGUGGAGGCCAAGAAGAGGAAAAACGUGGAGGUGCUGUGGAUGGCAGCUUUCGUGUGCCGUAAGGUCAACGGCGUUCGCCUGACGAGCUGUAAGAGCGCGAAGGAUCGCACGGCGAUGUCUGUGACGCUGGAGCAGUGUACGAUCCUCAGAGAGCAGCACGCUCUCAGCCAGCAGCACUUCAGCUCUGCACUGGACAGCAUGAGGAGGUCUCGUCUGUCCUGGGGACAGAUGCUGGGCUGUUACGGCCACUCGGGGCUCUCUAUGUCGGGCUUUGAGCCGACAGAAUGCCCCUCGGCUCUCCAGGGCUCCUGGCUUCAGCUGUGUUUGGCCUCCAGAAGACACUUUUACCCGUUAGCCUUCCUGCUGGUGACUUCUCACCUCCUGGUGCUCUGGCUCAUAUUCAGCCCCGUGGUUCUGCUGCCUAAGUACCAGUAAACGGCCUCAGCGGGAUGAGUCCAUGAUAAACGUUCUCCCAGGGACGGCUGCAGGACGGAGAACGUCCAGAAGAACGUCGGCAGCAGGAAGUUCGCCUUCAGCAGCGUCCAGCUCCUCACCUUCCCCAA